CGGGGUCCGAUGGAGCACAUGGUGAAGAAAGCGAAGGAGAACGUGGGCAGAGACCAUGUGGCAGCGGCAUAACCACACCACUCUACUAUCUCUCCGAAAAAGGAUUUUGUAGGUGAUCUCGCCCGGUUUUCUGAGAUUCCUCAGGAUGCGAUCGCUGUGGAUGUUGAUGGCCAUUCCUGAGAAGAACACCAACAGACCUGCACACAAACAGAUCUGACAUCUAUUACAGGAUAUUUUCGCAACCACAGGCUGUUCAUGAACGGCUCGGAGAGCGAAGAGGACUCGUGUAGCGAGAGGACGGCGCUCAUGGGCACGGAGAGUCCGAGUUUGCAGCCGUAUGACCGGCAGCGUGAGCCGCCCCAGGACACCGACGCCCCCCGGCGUCAGCCCGUCAGCUCCGACUCGUCAGACCCGAGGCGAGUCCCGCGCGAUGCCGUUCAGGACGGCGAGGACGAGGAGCUGACAUUGAAGUACGGCGCGAAACACGUCAUCAUGCUCUUCAUCCCCGUCACGCUGUGCAUGGUGGUCGUCGUGGCGACCAUCAAAUCCGUCAGCUUCUACACGGAGAAGAACGGCCAGCGCUUGUUUUACACACCUUUCCCGGAGGACCCGAACACCGUGGGCGAGAGGUUGCUGUCGUCGUUUCUCAACACGAUCGUGAUGAUCAGCGUGAUCGUGGUCAUGACCAUCUUCCUGGUGCUGCUGUAUAAGUAUCGCUGCUAUAAGUUUAUCCACGGCUGGCUGAUGCUGUCCUCCCUGAUGCUGCUCUUCUGGUUCAGUUUCAUGUAUCUGGAGGAGGUGUUUAAGACGUACAACGUGGCGAUGGACUACCCGACGGUGGCCAUGAUUAUCUGGAACUUUGGUGCGGUGGGGAUGGUCUGUAUCCACUGGAAAGGGCCACUGCAGCUGCAGCAGGCCUACCUCAUCAUGGUCAGCGCCCUCAUGGCCCUCAUCUUCAUCAAAUACCUACCUGAGUGGUCCGCCUGGGUCAUCCUGGCCGGCAUCUCUAUCUAUGAUCUGGUAGCUGUACUGAGCCCCAAAGGUCCUCUGAGGAUGCUGGUGGAGACGGCGCAGGAGAGGAACGAGCCCAUCUUCCCCGCUCUCAUCUACUCCUCUGCUAUGGUGUGGAUGGUGGGCAUGGCCAAUCCGUCUCAAGCUGCUAAUGCAGUAUGUUCCUCAGAUGAGGAAGUGCUUCAUAACGAGGCCGGGGUUUUGGAGAGGGAAGGGGCGGAGCCUGAGAGUCAGGCGUUGCAUGGGCAGAGCAGGAGCCACUCUGUAGAGGAGGACCUGGAGGAAGACAGGGGCGUGAAGCUAGGAUUAGGAGACUUCAUCUUCUACAGUGUUCUGGUGGGGAAAGCAGCAGCCACAGGUGGAGACUGGAACACCACGCUCGCCUGCUUCGUAGCCAUCCUUAUCGGUCUGUGCCUGACACUCCUGCUGCUGGCCAUCUUUAAGAAAGCUCUCCCGGCUCUGCCCAUCUCCAUCACGUUCGGCCUCGUCUUCUACUUCUCCACUGACAACCUGGUGCAGCCGUUCAUGGACAGCCUGGCAGCUCAUCAGUACUACAUCUGAUCCCGGAGACUCGCCGCCGCCGCCAAGCCAUAACGAUACAACCAGCGCCCGCCAAUGUGAGAACGACUACAAAGCCUUUAAUUUCCCCUCGUACGUGAGAACGCAGGAGGCAGGACGAGCUGGCGAUCGCCGUCGCUCAUGAAGACGCGGCCGACGUGGCGUCUGUAACCCUGCCACGAUUUCUAGAAUAAAAGCCCUGAUCUGGGAUCAGAUCUCACCGUAUGUAUUCGUAUCGAUAACUGCAUAUGAGAACUGACCCUAGAUCAGAUGCGAAAGCGGUUCAGCUCAGAGCUUUCUUUCUUUGGCUUCCCUUCCCAGAUGCUCAUCGGAGGUUUAUAUCGAUCUCCACCAAAAAAAAAAAGCCACCAGUUUCUUAAGCUUGAUGUUUUUUUAAAAAAAAAAAAUUUUAUGUGAAGUAAAAACCCAUGCUAUUAUUGUAGUGCCAUAUCGUAGCAACAAAACCCUGAAAGAAUUGAAGGACGAAUCGACCGUACACAAUUUCCACUUCAGCGCAAACGUUGUGGACGUCGGUUUCUUUAGUAACCGAGCUACGAGGCUAACGUGGCCGAGAAAACAAACGCGUGUGUAGCAUCACGCGGCCAUUUAGAACCGAUUAGCACCGGAUUAAACGCUAAUCAGAAAAAAACAAAACAACAACAACAUUUUCAACGUUUUCACAUUAAGCGUUGUUAUUUUAUUUAUUUAUUUAUACAGGUUUGGUAGGAGUACUCUUUUAGUUAAUCAGAACUACGUUCUACACCGGACUGGGCGAUAUGACCAAAAAAAAAAAAAUCGUAUCACGGUACUCGAUACGGACAUUUCUGCGACACUCGAUGCGUCUCGUUUAGCUCACAAACCGUCCGCGAAACAGUAGAACGAAAUAAACGAAAACAAACCCCCGGAAAAAAACGGUAAACUGAGUUGGCCGAUACUUUUCUUUAAUGUCUUCAAAGACGAAGAUUAAAAAAAAAAUGUUAUAAUAAAAUUUUCGUAAAAUCCAUUCAGUACCGUUUAAUUUGUAAUAAUUAAAAUCGUUUUUCCAAACGGAUCAACACCAUACCAACGAUAUCUCCGAAAAGUGUACCGCGUAAUCAUUUAUCACGAUAUCGAUAUGAUGAUAUCGAUAUAUAUCGCCCAGCCCUGGAUCUACUAUUAAAUCGAUGAACCCAUAACCUCUAGUAGGAUUAUUAUUCCGUGUCGAGCUCCACCACAUGAUUAACACCUCCAUUCAGAAAUCGUGUAAUAUUUCAGUACUUCUACGAUGCUACGUCAUUAGCCUCGUACCUCAGAACUUCAGGCGCCGGACGUGUCUCGGCUAAUCGACUCCAUUUUAUUUUUCGAAGGAUGUGACGUGGACUCGUCUGUUGACGUUUAUGUUUUAACGGGUUACGGCCUCGAUUUCUUUCCGAUAAAACCGGGAAGAAAUCCCUGAUUUUUUUUUUUUUUUCUUCUCUCUCGAUAGCGUUCAGCAGUUACUACGACGUGACAGCACUCUGAACGAGACGAAUGAUCUCGAGCGCUACGUUCUCUUCGAAGGAAAAGUGAAAAGUCGCGACACUCGGUAUACGGGCUCGAGCUCCGUGUUGCACGUCAACUCUUCCGCUUUAUUUCCGCGUACGUUUAUUUAUGCCGGGUUGAAAGCGCCGCUCUCGGUCGCCGUGGCUAGGCGAGAAAACUCCGAGGUGUCUCGUUCCGGCAGGGAAUUUAACGUCACGACAAAUCCCAAACGAUCCGAUUUAGGGCGGAGUUAUUCCUUAUCCUGUACACUUUGUGGCAUGCUGUUAUUGGAAAUCAACUGUGUUGAAGGAUUCAUUAAAGACGCGUUUUGUCCAUUUACAGUUACACCGAACGAAACAAGUUCUCGCUUACGUUAUAGCAGCUAUAAACAGUCGCUCUCCCUCAUCGGGGAAAAAAAACCCCGCAGCUUGUCACGUGACUCAUAACUCCGUCCGGACCAUGUCGUAAAACGCAAAGUUUUGUAACGUAAAGCGCUGAUACUGGAGACUCCUCCCACAAGCGUUAAAUAACAGAAAACAUCACCACAUUGAUGUUUUGUUUUUUUUUCACGUGGACGGCGUUACCGUAGGAACGAUAACGCGUUAAAAACGAACGCGUUUUUAAUAUAAACCAGCGGUCCUCGAAAUAUUUUGAUGUUGUUCGGAGCGUUGAAAAUCACAACCCACGCCGUCAAAGUUCGUAUAUUUAGGGGUCCAAGCACCAACGUCAACUCGGACGUCACGUGAGAUCCGGAAUAGAAAGGUUCUCCAGGUCUAGAAAAGUGUUGUUCAGAAACAUCUCGACGUACAGGACUCCGUCGAGGUUUUUGUGAUCGUUGCGGACAAAAAAGGCUUUUUUUUUUUCCCUCCAAAAUUUUGCGACACGACUUGUGCUUUUUUUUUUGGUUUUCUGGAAAACUACACGUAUCGGCGAAAUCGCAAUCGGGCCAAGUCGUUUUGCAGCGAUCGUUCAUAAACGAGACCUUUUAACCGUACUCGUGUCUGACGCACGUGAAUCGAAGAGGCCGUCUUUUGUCGUGAUGACGUCACGAACCUGCGGUAAUUUCGAGUCCGUAAAUCCAUGCGAUUUUUAUUUUGCGGUUAAAGGGACACCCGGCGACAAACCGUGCGAGAGCCGGUGUUCUAAACUACUUCAGAGUGUAACCGUAGUCACUGCCAUGACUUUUCCACAUCGUCAUUCUCCAUUUAUUUACCUGGGAACCGCGGUUCCUCGGGUUCUAGCAGCUUCCUCAAACCCAUGAAGUAUAUUUGAUCGAGUUGAAGUUCUGACCGGCUUGUCUGGGUUUUUUCUUUUUCUUUCAUUAUUUCUGUUAAAUGUUAAGCUUAUCUUUUUUUCUGCAGUUUCUUACUGCCUGAAGUGAUUUAGAUAAAGAAGGAUGAACGAGUACGGACGAUCCGUGUGACUAAAACGAUGAAGGCGGGGCUUCGAGACUCGUGUUUUUGUCUACGCUGAGCGUCUUUAUAUACCGAAGAGGAACAUAUUCAUACGUUUUCUAGAUUCCUGUGUAAAACUUUUAUUAUUGUUAUUAUUUUGUAUGUUUACAUAUUAACCUGGAGGUUUCCUCGCCAGGCUUUUGUUUGUCGUGUGGAACCGGUGUUGCGUGAGAAUAAAGUGUAAACAACCCAAUAAACUGGACAAUAAACGAUUAAACUGACAAACGAA